UGCAUCCUUUAGUAGCUCCCGGAGAGCCGAUAAACUCUUGACAUUGAUACGAUCAUUCCAAUGUUAUUUAUUGAUUAAACAGAACCGAAAAAAUCUUGUUUUGCGUGGGGCAUUUUUUGUGUGGCAAGGGACGAAAAACAAAUAAUUUCCCGUGCUUUUUCGUGGCAAGGAAGUCAAAGUGUGCGCAGUGUUUUGCGCAUCCCUCUUGACAGUUUUGUGAUCUCUUGUGCUGGGCAUUUUCUUGCCCUUCCUAACACUUUCCGGACCCAUCCACCCGGGCAGUGUGGUAGCUGUGGUAGUAGCUCAAGCUGCCCUGAGGCCAAUGAAACAGUCCAGUGACCCCAAGAUAGAAAAAAAUGGACAACAAUGCUGGGGAUUCCAUCAAUGGGGAUCAAUCCACCAGUGAAGGCAACAAAAUUCUCAAUUUCCCCUCAACAGGACCAGUAGUCAGUGCGAUCCGCGCCAAAGCCCUUGCCCGCAAUCAAUUGGAGAAAGCCACCGUGAUACAGUCCAGGAUGCCCAACAUCAAAGUGUUUUCGGGGACAUCGCAUCCGGAUCUGGCGCAGCGUAUUGUGGAUAGGCUGGGAAUUGAUUUGGGGCGCGUUGUGACGAAGAAAUUCAGCAAUUUGGAAACAUGUGUCGAAAUUGGGGAGUCCGUUCGAGGCGAAGAUGUUUACAUAGUGCAAUCGGGGUCUGGGGAGAUCAACGAUAACCUCAUGGAGCUCCUUAUCAUGAUAAAUGCAUGCAAAAUUGCAUCAGCUCUUCGGGUAACGGCAGUUAUUCCAUGCUUCCCCUAUGCUAGGCAGGACAAAAAGGACAAGACUGGUGGAGAAACCCAAAAGGUGAAAACUCUUAAAUACAACGAAUGGAAGUUUAGGAGCCGUGCUCCGAUUUCGGCUAAAUUGGUGGCCAAUAUGCUGUCAGUUGCUGGAGCUGAUCACAUUAUCACAAUGGAUUUGCAUGCAUCACAAAUUCAGGGUUUCUUCGACAUUCCUGUGGACAACUUGUAUGCUGAGCCGGCUGUGCUCAAGUGGAUCAAGGAGAAUAUUCCGGAGUGGCGCAAUUCAAUUAUUGUGUCUCCGGACGCUGGUGGUGCCAAACGCGUCACCUCAAUUGCCGAUCGGCUCAAUGUGGAAUUCGCUUUGAUCCACAAGGAGCGCAAGAAGGCCAAUGAGGUGUCGUCGAUGGUGCUCGUGGGCGAUGUAAAGGAUCGCGUGGCUAUUCUGGUGGAUGACAUGGCAGAUACAUGUGGCACAAUUUGCCAUGCUGCUGAGAAACUGAUGGACGCUGGAGCCACGAAGGUUUAUGCUAUUCUCACGCACGGCAUCUUCUCGGGACCGGCCAUUUCCAGGAUAAACAAUGCUUGCUUCGAGGCUGUGGUGGUCACCAACACAAUUCCCCAGGAUGGCCACAUGCGGGAUUGUCCCAAAAUUCAGAUGAUUGACGUAUCCAUGAUGUUUGCUGAGGCAGUUCGACGGACUCACAAUGGUGAAAGUGUGUCCUAUUUGUUCUCCAAUGUUCCCUAUUAAGAAACCACAGCUGAGGAGUUGAUGAGAGAGCUUUUGAGAACUUGCAGUAAUUUUAGUUGAUUUUCUUCCUUUUCUUUUUACCACUUUCACCGAUAUUUUUUUUUAACACAAAAGUUUUAAAAUAUAUUUCACAAAAAAAAUGGAGAUGUGAGAAUCUCUGAGAUAAGAACUAAUACUAUAAAGUAAUUUUUUGAGAUGAAUGAGAAAGAGAAAGUAUGUUUUAGGGUGCCAUUGAUGGAUCUAUGUUUUUAUAGCUAAGACAUGAGAAUUUAUUAUUUUUUAAAAGAGAGAUGAAUAAAAUUGUAUAAAAAAUGGAAAAUUAGUUGGGCUACUUUCAAGAAAAAAAGUUACUAUUUUUUUUUUAAUUGUAAAUAUUCCUCUUAACCACAAAUAUCUGUGAGUAGGAAUUUCUAAAUUCUUUUAUUCGAUUUUUUUUAAAAAUAUUUUCCUUUUUUUGCCUAGAGAAAAACAAUUGGACAUUGUUGUGAAUUUCAAGAUGAGAAUUUUUAUUAUAUCGAGUCUAUAAAUGGAAAAUAAAAUGACACUUUUAGAGGUAA